GCUAAGAACCUAUUAUAUUCGCAACAUGAUACAAGAGAUCAACACCUUCAUCCAUAUGUAAGUUUCUCUAAUAAAUACUUUGGACAAAUGCUUUAUGAAUUUGAGUUUUUAUCUUCUGAUUAUUUGUUGCAAAUAUCGUAUUAAUUUUCCUUUGACUCGGAAUUUAGAGGCUUAAGGUACAAUGUUAUCAAACUCAAUUUUUCUAAUUUUCUGAUUUUGGGGUACUGCAGGGAGUGCUAAUAUACUGUUUUUCUGAGAUUUUUGGUCUUUAAAAUGGCUAUGUUCUGUUUUUAACGUUUCGGUUCUCCCGUGUUCUGUUCUUUUAUUCUGUUGUCUGCAUGCUUUUGCUUUGGUUCUUAAUUUUCAUUUUUCAACUUUGGGUGAUAAAAAUUUGUAAAAAUAGUUGUAGUUUCUGAAAAAGUUGGGGGUUUUAUUUAUAUUUCUUGUGUAAUCCCAAUUGUAAGACUGAAAAAAUAAUUGAAAUGAUGUUUUUUUUUUCUUUUUUCAAUUUCUCUUAAAUGUUUUUUUCUUGAAUUUAAAAGCAUAUUUCCCGAUUGGUUACAAUGGUUAUGUUCUCUCUAAUUAGUUCUUUUAUAUUCUCUUCCAACUUGUUUGUCUAAUUUUAUUUUUCAUUUUUUUGAUGGCUUUCUGAAGAAGUUAGCAUGAGAUUUUCAUAUGACAUGGAUGACGAGUAUAAGGAACUCAUCUGUGGAAUGAACCCACCAAGGCUGCUUGGAGGUGCUUUCAUGGGUAUCAAAAUGAGCACCCAGAUAACUAAAGAGGAAAAGGAAGGUACCCGUGUAUAAUCCAAGCUUCAGACUCCAGACCGCAGUAAGAGUCUCUUCCCCUGCAAUUGUAAGUAGCCAACUCCCGUGGUAGCAACGGCAGCAUUACGCAUCUUCAAACCUUUAGCUUUCUGCAAAGUACAGGGAAAUCUCCUUCUUCUGCACUGUGGUGACCAGUUUUACCUUCUUCUCUUUCCUGAUUGGGCGCAUCUUCCCUUUCCUCUCUCCUUUCUCUUCUUUUCUUUUCAUCUCAGCCGUCCACGUGUCACUUUCGCGCCAGAUUUUGCUAGAGCCUUUUGGAAUUGAAGGGGCUUAAAAGAGUCGGAUGUGGACAACUUUGUUGAUGAUGUCCUUGUGAAUCACAAACCAUGGGCUUCUGGAGUGCAAGAGCCAUUGACUAGCCCCCAUGUACUUGUAUGCGCACAUAUGAGUCGAAAUGAAAUGAAUCGUUAUCAUGCACGUGUUCUCAUUGAUAAGUUCAAAGAGGAGGCUGAGCUGCGAGGAUUGACGAAUCAGGUACUUGUUACUGCUUGCUAUCACAUUGGCCACAAGUAUGCUAGAAAACUCAGUAUCUACAUCCCAGAUUCAGAUGGAAGCAUGACAUGCCAUUGGUAUCCUGUCGUCAUUCUUGAUGAUGUGCCGAAAUUGCUUGAUCAACAUAUUGGGAAAGGAGAGAUUAUAGAACCACAUUGGAGGAGCCAAAUGGGAGCAUCUUCUAAUGAAGCUGAAGAAAUUAAUGACCGGGAGCUUCCAAAUGGAGAAGAAAAGAAGAAAAUCGAGGAGCCCCAAGAAACCACAGAGGCGUGUGCCAGGACGGAUGCCUUAGGGAAGCUGUCAAGCUUGAUCAGGAACUGGAAGCAAAACAAUGUUCUCACAGCUGCUGCAGUGGUUGGAACAGUGGCAACAGUGACCGUGGCCUAUAGCUUUUUAUAUAAGGUGAGGCUGAAACGUAUUCUAAUCCAUGUCGGAUUUUGCCAUGGGUGUAAAGGCCCUUCUUUCUAUUCUUUUUUUUCUUUGUAGAAAGAUGUUAUAACGUCGAUUAAAUAAGCUCUUAUACGAACGGAGAAUAUGGUAGCUGCACUAUAUGUUCUUUUUCGGAGGGUUUGAUGAAUUCCCGAAGCUAAGAAAAAUGGCAAUCAAAGGUGGACGAAGCGGAAGCGAGAAUGUCAGCUUGAGUAACACAAACAUUGGUGAGAAUUCAAUGGCCCGAAAACCUAAGGGUCCUCCACAAGGUUCGUCCACUAAGGGUGAGUCAGGACCUAAGAUCAGGCCGAAAGGCGUAGUCGACAAUAGGUGAAUAUUCCUGUACUACCCCUUGUUGGUCCCGAGGGAUAGAGGAAGCACCAAGAAAUCUCAAUUUUGUUGUUUAUGAAUUUCAAAAAAGAGAAAACGGCAUUGUUGUCCUCGUUAUUUGUUUAAUAAACUAGAUAAAUGACUUUGUGCUAACAUCUUAAUCUGCUUGAACUAUUUUCCAGAUAUAUACAGCAUUGUUGU